GUCAACAAAAUGCUAAAUUGAUUUCUAAUAAGUCGCCGUCAAGUAGCAAACUCCAACUCUACCUAUACAUUACGUAAUUUCUAAUUCGCUACGGUAUACCUCAAAAUAUAUCUCACCUUCUUGCAGAGUAAUUGCUGGGUGUGAGGGGGAGAAAAUGGCGAGUGCACCCGCUACUCCGCUGGUAAAGCCGAACAACACCCCGGGGAAACGCCUCCAUUCGCAACAAUCGAAGGACCAGCUAUUUAAACCGUUCAGAUGUCCCGGUGCAGCUCUUAGCUCCCCAGCUAUCGAUCGUCCAGUUCGGAAAAAGAGGAAGGUCGAUUAUAAAGGUGCUGAUGGCGAUGACUCGGGAGAUAAGCCUUACACAAACGCCGAUAGAUUAGCUCUGGCAAAUCGAGAUGUCAACCGCUUCCCCGUCUUCCAGCCUAAGGAUAAAGACAAGGUCUUUAGAAAAGCUUUUAGCAUACCUCUGAUCAACAAGAACAACGGUUCCUAUAAUCCCAAUCGUCCUCCCCCAACACUCGGCUUAAGACAGGGAUCUGUUUUUGUCGCCAAGCCGUUACACGAUCCAAGCGGCGAGUUUGCUAUUGUGCUCCACGACCCGACCGUCGACGAUAAGCCGAAGGAGACUAGCAAAUCGGAAGGCGAUGAAGCCAAGGAUGCGACACAAGAAAAGCUUGAUGCACCCUUAGUUCACAAGAGUCUAGCUGAGAUUCUAGGCAUCAAGAAGAAAGUCGACAAUGAGCAUCCUAGAGUGCCAGUCGUCAUUGACCCGAGACUCGCCAAAGUGCUACGACCACAUCAGAUCGAGGGUGUCAAGUUUAUGUAUAGAUGUGUCACUGGCAUGAUCGACGAAAAGGCCAAUGGCUGCAUUAUGGCUGACGAAAUGGGUCUCGGAAAGACGCUUCAAUGCAUCACGCUUCUCUGGACUCUCUUAAAGCAAUCUCCCGAUGCCGGCAAGACGUCGAUACAAAAGGCUAUUGUCGCCUGUCCAUCUAGUUUAGUCCGCAAUUGGGCAAACGAGCUUACCAAGUGGCUUGGCGCGGACGCCAUCACCCCUUUCGCGAUUGAUGGCAAGGCCUCCAAAGAGGAAUUAACUAGACAGCUUCGUCAAUGGGCUAUUUCAAGCGGUCGCGCAGUUACGCGCCCAGUCAUCAUAGUUUCCUACGAGACGCUUCGGCUGAAUGUUGAGGAGCUUAAGAACACUCAAAUCGGUCUGAUGUUGUGCGACGAAGGUCAUCGAUUGAAGAACGGAGACAGCCAAACGUUCACAGCUCUAAACAACCUCAAAGUCACAAGAAGAGUUAUCCUCUCUGGUACACCUAUUCAGAACGAUCUUUCCGAGUAUUUCUCUCUAAUCAGCUUCGCAAAUCCCGGUUUGCUUGGCAAUCGACUGGAAUUCCGAAAGAGAUUCGAGCUUCCUAUUCUACGAGGCCGCGAUGCUGAUGCAAGCGAACAUGAUCGUAAGAAAGGUGACGAGUGUCUAGGCGAGUUACUUGGUAUCGUCAACAAAUUCAUUAUCCGACGAACAAAUGAUAUUCUAUCCAAGUAUCUCCCCGUCAAAUACGAGCACGUCGUAUUCUGCAAUCUUGCUCCAUUCCAACUAGAUUUAUAUAACUACUUCAUCAAGAGUCCAGAUAUCCAAGCUCUCUUGCGUGGCAAGGGAAGUCAACCCCUCAAGGCAAUUACCCUACUCAAAAAACUCUGCAAUCACCCAGAUCUACUUAAUUUGUCAGAAGACCUACCAGGAUGUGAGAAGUUCUGGCCCGAGGACUACGCGCCAAAAGAUGCACGCGGCCGCGAUCGAGACAUUAAACCAUGGUACUCAGGCAAGAUGCAAGUGCUUGACCGUAUGCUAGCGCGUAUACACCAAGACACGAAUGACAAGAUCGUCCUGAUCAGUAACUACACGCAGACCCUUGACCUCUUCUCGCAACUCUGCCGGCACCGCGGAUAUGGCCACCUGCGCCUCGAUGGUACUAUGAACGUCAGUAAGCGGCAGAAGCUUGUCGACAAGUUCAACGACCCGGACGGCGGCGAAUUUGUGUUCCUGCUAUCCAGCAAGGCCGGUGGUUGCGGUCUCAAUCUCAUCGGCGCCAACCGCCUCGUCCUAUUCGACCCCGACUGGAACCCCGCCGCCGACCAGCAAGCGCUAGCCCGUGUAUGGCGUGACGGGCAAAAGAAGGACUGUUUCGUGUACCGCUUCAUCGCAACGGGUACUAUCGAGGAGAAAAUUUUCCAGCGCCAGAGCCACAAGCAAUCCUUGUCGUCGUGCGUCGUUGACUCGGCCGAAGAUGUAGAGCGCCACUUCUCGCUAGACAGUCUACGUGAACUAUUCCAGUACAGACCAGAUACACGAAGUGACACUCACGAUACGUUCAAGUGCAAGAGGUGCAAACCCGAUGGACGGCAGUAUAUUAAGGCGCCGGCGCUGCUGUAUGGAGACACGAGUACCUGGAAUCAUUUCAUCAAUAAGGAUCUCAAGCCUAUACAGGAUUUGCUGCUGCGACAGGAGUGUGGGGAGAAAGAGGUUUCGGCCGUGUUCCAGUAUAUCUCGCAUUAAGGUGGCUGUUAGGGAAGGGGAAAGAGAAAUGUGCGAGGCGCUGUUUUGCCAUGAUAGAACGGCGCUGGAGGAUUGGCCUGUGAAAUUUGCAAUAGCAUGGUGUUAGGGCGUGGCGUCGUUGCUUCGUAGACUUGCUUGCUGCAUGGCGAUAUAGUGUAUCAUGAGAGGCUUUACGAGAGUACUUAAUGAGAGUAUGGUUUGAC